GGGUGUCCUUGAAGCAUUUCCUCUGGCCCCCAUGUGUCCUUUGUCCUUGGCUGAGUAGGGAGCAUAGCAGUUGUUUCAGCGAACGUACAUCAGACAUUUGCACACAGUGCCCUGUCCACCACAACCGAUGUCAAAUAAUCAACACAUCCAUACUGGUGGCGUUGGCAUCGGUGAGGACACUAGUGUGAUGAUCCUCCAACUUUAUGCCAAGGAUCUUCCACCGGUGAUAACACUCCAGGCUUUUCAGGUGUUCCCUGUAGGUCACCCAAGCUUCACAGCUGGGUGGGAUUCAGUACAAUGUUAGCAGUAUUAAGUGUGUAAAACAUGAUUCACAAGAUAAACCUGGAGAUUUUAAGUAGGAACCCACCGUGUUAAAAGCAUUGUGACCUUUUGUGGUCUUUCUGAGUUCUUAGCAACAGGAGAAUUGCUCUAUUAUUUUUAUGCAGUCAAAAAUCAAAUGAAAACUAAGAGCUGAUAUUUUCCAAUGGGAGUCUUGACUGCAGUGAGAGGAGCCUCAAGGCUAAAAUGUUGAGAACCACUGAGCUAGAUUAUAGGUUUACUGCCCUGCCUUGCCCUGCCCUGCCCUGCCCCACAGGAGCAGGCCACUUUGCUGUUUUUGCCAGGGAAUUAAUCUGCUAUGGCCCUUCAUUUUGUUGCAGUACUUCUCUGUGAGUUCCACUCGGCCAUGCUACACGGAAGGAGGAAUAGCAGACUCAAGGAUCUGACUCCAUCCUUUUUCACCCAUGUGCACGUGUCAGAAUUGGGAUGUGAGCUGAAUCCAGGGCUACACCCUGAAUCCAGUGCUGAAAUCAUGAUCAGAGGCAGGCCAAGGUCCAGAAGCCAGAGUUAGGAAGUCACAGGUCACACUUGGCCAGGAUCAGAGUGAAGAAUAAUCCCAGGGUCAGAAGCUGAGGGUUACAAUUGGGAGGAAGCCCAAAGUCAGAAUCUGACACAGUUACCAGAAGAGCAGGGGCCAGUGUCAAGGCCAGGUAGUAGGAUCAGAGUAGUCUCUGACCUGCUGGUUUUAAGGCUGGUAUUAGGGGGAAUUGGUCUCCUGUCAUCGCUGUGUAAGUAAUGACUGACCACCAGAGGGAUAACUCAUCCUGAGCUCGAAUCAUGAUUCAUACAGCGUAGAAGAAGGCACCACAUGGUCUCUAGGCAGCUAGCACACUUCCUCGUGCUUGACUAAAAUAUGAACAAAGAAGUUAUUGGUGUCUUUCGAUGUUAUAUAGAGAUGCUGUGAAACCGUUUAUAACAAUUGAAGGUCUCAUUUUGAGUGAUACUGAAUAUUCCAAGCUGCCGUUGACUUAGAUGAGCAUCCACAACUGUCAUGUAAGAUUCAGUUUCCAAAUCCAGAAAUCUGAAACCAGGCAAGGCAUUUGCAUUUCUUCAAGUAAAAGAUGAUCCACUUUAGUGCAACUUCAUUGAUUUGUCUGAAUAUAUUUUUAUUCAGUUGGGGAGGAAAGAUUGUGUUAGGUAGCAUCAGACCCUGUUCUACUAAGGGUACAACCAAUGUCAAUGUUGUGGAAGAACCCCAUAAAGCAAGUGAGAAAAAUAAAUCAACAGCUAUUUCAAAGCAAAAAGAACAAUGCCUUGUACCAUGCAGUGUUCAAGCAAAGAUGUUACGAGGAGAAAAACAGUACAUGUGCAGAAAUCUGCAGAGUUCUCUUGUUGAAUAUGCAAGAAGUACAAAACAAAUGAUAAGAAAUAUGAUGGAUGAUCAACAGUCGUCUUUGGAUUAUCUUUCAAAUCAGGUGAAUGAACUUAUGAACAGGGUCCUUCUUUUGAAUGCAGAAGUAUUGCAAAAACAUUUGGAUCUGCUUCCUUACAAAACAGUUCAAUCUCAUGGACUGGAUUGCACUGAUAUUAAAGAUACCGUAGGUUCUGUUUCAAAAACUCCAUCUGGCCUGUACAUUAUCCAUCCAGAAGGAUCAAAAUUUGCUUAUGAGGUUUUGUGUGACAUGGAUUUUCAAGGAGGUGGGUGGACUGUGAUUCAGAAAAGAACUGAUGGGAUAAUUGAAUUCCAGAGGACAUGGUCUGAAUACCUGGAUGGAUUUGGUGAUCUUUCUGGAGAAUUUUGGCUUGGCCUGAGGAAAAUUUUUCAUAUAGUAAACCAGAAAGCAGCCAGCUUCAAGCUUCAUGUGGUUUUGGAAUCAGAAGAUGACAGAUAUGCAUAUGCCUCUUAUGACAACUUUUGGGUAGAGGAUGAAGUAUGUUCUUUUAAAAUCCAUUUAGGGCACUAUUCAGGAAAUGCAGGUGAUGCAUUUCGGGGAUACAGACAGGAAGAUAACCAGAAUGCAAUGCCCUUCAGCACCUUUGAUGUUGAUAAUGAUGGGUGCAGGCCAGUGUGCACUAUUAAGGAACAGCCUGUGAAGAGUUGCAGUAACUUCAGUGACAACACAGGGUGGUGGUUCAACCAGUGUGGCCUUGCGAAUCUCAAUGGUGUUCAUCGUUUCACUGGAAGGUUUCUUGCAACAGGGAUUCAUUGGGAUACGUGGACACUGAAUGAAAAACCAGUCAAAAUUAGAUCAGUUUCAAUGAAAAUUAGAAGAACCUACAACCCUUAUUUCAAAUAACAACUUACUACAAUCUAAAAAAGCUCAUGUUUUGCAAUUAGGCUCACUGUCAUUCAACCUUUACCGUCUUGGUUAAAUAAUCCAGUUUUAUGAGUUAUCUUGGUUAUUUAUGACUAGCAUUGCUUUUUUUCAUUACAGGUUUGAAUACUACUUAGUCAAUUAUAUUUGCAUUAUGAGACUAUGUCAGGAGGAGCUUUGUUAGUGCUUUAUACUACUGGAUGUCAGCUGAAAUGAGUGACUGUACUCUCUCCUUCAUGAGUGAGAAGGCUCUAAGUGUGAGGCAUUUAUAGUUUGAGGAUUAGGCUUUUGGUAUUCAGCUGCCUCUUACCUCCUUUUAGGAUUGAUGGUAGGAUUGUAACGUACGACAAAUAUAUUUCACAAAUUAUAUUUAACAUAUUUAAAAAUUAGUUUCUUUGUAUAUUUGAAUGGCUAAGAAACAUUAAGUAAAUAAAUCCAUAAACGGCACAUCUGCAAUUAUGUUCAUUUAGAAAAUACAUUUCUACGCCUCCUCCUACCAUCUUCCAGACUAAAAAAUCUACCUGAAUACUCUUUAUUUAGGCACGAUUCUCAUUGAUAUGAGUUAGAGCCUGGUUUGAGGAAGGGCUGCAUAGUCAGGCCAUAUAUACACACUUUUAGGAUCAGUUUUUUUUUGAUCUUUCACACACAAGAUUCAUGGUUCUCUUUUGUACUUGCACAUUCACUGACAAUCACUUAUAAUAUUAGACUCAGAUUUAGGGCAUUUUAAUAACUAAAAUGGUGAAUUCAUUACAAACUGACAUGCAGGAUUACAAUGCUGUAGGAAUUUCUCAUUGUCUUCGCAAUUGUAAUGUUGGAACUAUAGGCCUAUUCCAACAUUCUUGACUUCAUUUUCUUUUGUUAAGGGUGUUUUCCCAUAACAAGGCAUCAAUAUUGAACUCUAUGGAAGCACUUUUUAAAUUAAGUAAUUUGGAUUGUUUGUGUUUGACCCUGUUAGUAAAAGUAUACAGAUAUCAA